GUCACACUGGUUCCUUACUCUCACAAAGCAGAUUACUAAUAGCGGCUGACAGACCCGCAAGAGAAAAGUUCGUUCUCUUUUUUUCUCUAUCGACUUCCUGAAAACCCUAAGGUUUUGAAUGACCGUUUCUUGACUCGUUCUUGAUCACUUGGAGAAAUUGACAAUGGGAGCAAGUAGGAAGUUACAGGGCGAGAUCGAUCGAGUUCUGAAGAAAGUUCAAGAGGGCGUCGAUGUAUUCGAUAGCAUUUGGAACAAGGUUUAUGACACGGACAAUGCAAAUCAGAAGGAAAAAUUCGAGGCUGACUUGAAGAAGGAGAUAAAGAAGUUGCAGAGAUAUAGAGACCAGAUCAAGACAUGGAUACAGUCCAGCGAGAUAAAGGAUAAGAAGGUUAGUGCCUCUUAUGAGCAGGCUCUGAUGGAUGCUCGAAAGCAAAUUGAGCGUGAAAUGGAGCGAUUUAAGAUUUGUGAAAAAGAAACUAAGACGAAAGCAUUCUCAAAAGAAGGCCUUGGCCAGCAACCUAAAACAGAUCCAAAGGAAAAAGCUAAAUCAGAGACACGAGAUUGGCUGAAUAAUGUGGUCAGCGAACUGGAAAAUCAAAUUGAUAGCUUUGAAGCUGAAAUAGAGGGACUUUCUGUUAAAAAAGGGAAGACGAGGCCUCCCAGACUGACGCAUCUGGAGACAUCGAUUGCUCGGCAUAAGGCUCAUAUUAUGAAGUUAGAAUUAAUUCUAAGGCUGCUGGACAACGAUGAAUUGAGUCCAGAGCAAGUCAAUGAUGUCAAGGAUUUCUUGGAUGACUAUGUGGAAAGAAAUCAGGAGGACUUUGACGAAUUUAGUGAUGUUGAUGAGCUUUACAGUUCUUUACCUCUAGACAAGGUGGAAUCUCUUGAAGAUUUAGUUACUAUUGGUCCUCCUGGUCUUGUAAAGGGUGUCAGUGCCUCCAGUGCAGUUUUAAGUAUGAAAACUUCUUUGGCUGCAGCCCCCACUCAGGCUCCAGCAACAACGGCAGCUUCCAUCCCACAGGUUGCCUCUGCGCACGACCAAAUAGAUGAAACAGCUUUCCAGGAUGAUGCAGUUGCAAGAACCCCACCUCCUAAAAGUAGCACCCUCAGUAUUUCUGCACCACAAACACCAGCAGCAGGCCAGGCAUCUCCUGGCAUCACAAGUGCUGCCACUGCUUCUCCGGUAACCAUUUCAACUUCUACAAAAGAAGAGGAGAUUGCGAACUUCCCUGGUCGAAAAUCAUCACCAGCUCUUGCUGAAACUGGAUUAAGGGCUGUUGGUAGAGGUGGCUUGCCUAGUCAACCAACUUCUAAUAUCCUUCCUAGUUCUGGCAACACAAUUUCCAGCAAUGGGGCCCUUGGUAACAUUCCUUUGGCUUCUGAAAUGGGGAAAAGAAAUAUUUUAGGUUCUGAUGAUCGAUCAGGGAGUAGUGGUGUGGUACAGUCUCUUGUAUCCCCUCUAAGUAAUAGAAUAAUAUUGCCACAAGCCGCCAAGGCUGCUGAUACACUUGGAUCAGCUGAUACUGGAAAUGUUAAUGAUGCUGCAAUUAUGAGCAGCAGGGUUUUCACUUCUCCUGUGGUUCCUGGUAUGCAAUGGAGGCCCGGAAGUUCCUUCCAAAACCAGAAUGAAGCAGGGCAGUUUCGUGGGAGAACUGAGAUUGCUCCUGAUCAAAGGGAAAAGUUUCUUCAGCGAUUUCAGCAGGUACAGCAGCAAGGUCAAAGUAAUCUUCUUGGUAUGCCUCCUCUUGCUGGAGGAAAACAGUACUCUACACAGCAACAGAGUGUGCUCUUACAGCAGUUCAAUGCUCAAAGCCCAUCUAUCUCACCUCAACUUGGGUUGGGGAUUGGGGUCCAAGCUUCAGGUCUUAACAGUGUUACAACAUCUGCUUCACUGCAGCAGCAGCCAAGUGCAAUCCACCAACCAUCUAAUCAGCAGACAAUCAUAUCUUCAACAUCUAAAGAUGCAGAAACUGGAUUUACAAAAGUUGAGGAGUUGCAGCAGCAACAGUCCCUCACAGAAGAAUCAUCAGUGGAUUCCGCUUCCAACUCCGUUAUUGGAAAAACCCUCAUGCAAGAGGAUGAAUUGAAAGCUUCUUCUUACACCUUAGAUUCCGCGGCUGCAGCUGCUGCCGGCGCACUUGCUGAACCUUCCCAAGUGAUGAGGGAAACUGACCUAUCUCCAGGACAACCUUUGCAAUCAGCUUCAUCUUCUGGAAGUCUUGGGGUUAUUGGUCGAAGAAGUGUAUCUGACCUUGGUGCUAUUGGAGAUAACAUCAGUGCCUCAACUGCAAAUUCGGGAGGAAUGCAUGAUCAGUUAUACAAUUUGCAGAUGCUCGAGGCUGCUUAUUAUAGACUUCCUCAACCCAAAGACUCUGAGCGUGCAAAGACCUAUUCUCCAAGACACCCAGCUGUUACACCUCUGAGUUAUCCUCAAGUACAAGCCCCUAUUGUCAAUAAUCCCGCCUUCUGGGAACGGCUCGGUGCAGAUACAUACGGCACGGAUACCCUAUUCUUUUCAUUCUACUAUCAACAGAAUACUUACCAGCAAUAUUUGGCUGCUAAGGAAUUAAAAAAGCAGUCCUGGAGAUACCACAGAAAAUACAACACAUGGUUCCAACGGCAUGAGGAACCAAAAGUUGCCACAGAUGAUUUUGAACAGGGGACAUAUGUGUACUUCGAUUUCCAUAUUGCCAACGAUGAACAGCAUGGCUGGUGUCAGAGGAUUAAGACUGAGUUCACUUUUGAGUACAGUUACCUUGAAGAUGAUUUAAUCAUAUAAAUUUACCUUCUGCGCAGUUCACUGGUCUCUUUUGUAUUAUCCUCGGCAACUUAAAGCACCUUGCAUGUUCAACUUGAACGUCUUUACUCAGAAUCUGUUUGGUGCUCUUAGGCUCAUAGUGCAUUCAACAUUGUGCACCCCCUCCCCCUCCCCAAAUGGGCCUUUCUCUCUUUAACAACUCGCCAUGCAUUGACUGCCAACUAUAAUUAGUACCUAGGCUGCAAUUUAUUGUCCCAAAGUGUAUUCCCUAUAAUUAGUGAACAUGUUGCUGGUACCAUGCAACCAUGUGAAUGAAGAUUCCUUAUGUAGGAUUUAACAGUACAACAUGCGACAUUGUUAAGUUAUAUGCAGUUGCAAGGUGAAACUUUUGCCA